AUGGAGGGAAGAGGAGAUAUACAUGAUGAAACACAGAGAGAAAAAGGCGACGACUUCAGAAUCCCAAAAGAAAAAAUCGAUGAAAAUGGCAUGGAAUUACAUGUUCAUGACUCAACUCUGGAUUACAAAGGAAAGCUUCCUAUUCGAGCUUCCACCGGUUCUUGGAAAGCAUCCUACUUCAUGAUAGGAAUUGAGUUCAGCGAGAGGAUGAGUCACUUUACAAUAUUAACAAAUAUGAUAACUUAUAUGACUGAUGUGAUGCACCAAGACCUCGAAACAGCGGCUAACAAUGUGAAUAUAUGGGGUGGAGUAGUUACUGUCACGCCUAUGCUUGGUGGCUUUCUUGCGGAUGCUUAUACCGGUGGCUACUUCAUGAUUCUUUUCGCCGCCAUCCUCUACGCUUUGGUCCUAAGUCUUGACAAGAAAAUAUUUCUUACUAUUGGAAAUAACAAGAAGCACUAUCCUAUUUCUAUUCAGGGUUUAGGUGUUUUGACCAUGUCUCAAUACAUUCCAAGCCUUAAACCUUGUGACGCAACCUCGACAACAUGUGACCGUAUUACCAAAGUACACGAGUUAGUCUUCUAUCUAGGUAUCUACCUCGUGGCCUUAGCAACAGGGGGUCACAAGCCGUGCACGGAGAGCUUUGGGGCGGACCAAUUCGAUUACAAUCAUACAGAAGAGAGGAUACAAAAGAUAUCGUUUUUCAACUGGUGGAACAUCUCCAUUUGUGGGGGUUACUUCAUAGGAGUGACUGUGAUUGUGUAUGUGCAGGACAAUGUAAGUUGGGCACUUGGAUUUUUAAUCCUAGCCAUAGUAAUGGGAGUGAGUGUCUUAGUGUUUUUUCUUGGAAGGCCUUAUUAUCGAUACAAGACCGCUCUUGGAAGUCCCUUGACCCCGUUGUUGCAAGUCCUGGUUGCGGCUGUAGCCAAGAGAAAUCUAGUUUGUCCUUCGAAUCCAUCCUUGUUGUACGAGGAUCCUAAUUCAAGGAAGCUCCAAGGCCAGUGUUUGGAUCAUACGAAUAGACUCAGAUUUCUUGACAAAGCUGCUAUAAUCGAAAAUCAUGAAAGUAAUGGAGCAGCAGUGAAGAAACAAAGUCCAUGGAGGCUAGCAACCGUGACACAAGUGGAGGAACUAAAGUUGAUAGUAACGAUGAUUCCCAUAUGGCUAAAUUCCUUGGUGUUCGGCAUAGGUGUAGCCCAAGGCCCUUCAUUCUUUGUCAAGCAAGGGAGUGCAAUGAAUAGGAAAAUUUACAAAGAAUUCGAAAUCCCAGCAGCUUCCAUGACCGCCUUUAUAGCCCUAGGGUUGAUUAUUACAGUUGCCUUAUACGACAAGGUCCUUGUCCCAUACUUGAGGAGAGUCAUAGGCAACAACGAGAGAGGUAUUAACAUCCUUACAAGAAUCAGCGUUGGCAUGGUCGCCUUAACCAUAUCAAUAUUGAUAUCGGCCUUGGUUGAGAAGAAAAGGCUAAAGGCGUCACUAGAAGGAAAAAUAAUGAACAUAUUUUGGCUAACGCCUCAAUUUUUUAUCCUCGGAGUAGGGGACGGGCUUUCCCUAGUAGGAAUGCAAGAAUACUUCUAUGAACAAGUUCCUAACUCAAUGAGGAGCAUAGGAAUGGCAUUUUACCUUAGUGUUAUUGGUAUUGGGAGCUUUCUUAAUAGUUUCUUGAUUAUUAUCGUGAAUCAUGCGACAAAGAUGCAUGGAGGAAAGAAGUGGAUUGGCAAAGACUUGAGCCAUAGUCGUCUUGAUUAUUAUUACUGGUUGUUGAUGAUCAUUAUUGUAUUAAAUAUGUGUUUAUUUAUGUUGUUGUCUAGGAACUAUAGGUACAAAAGUAUACAAAAAAGUGUGGUUGUAGAUGGUGAGAAAAAGUUAGAGCUGAGUACGGUUUAAAAAGAGUUAAAUAUGUUGACAUCGAAAAUGAUUGCUCAUCAUAAACUUGGUACUAAAAGUGGCACAUCAUGGUACUAGAAUUUUUUUAUUUUUUUAUUUUUUUUUUAUGUGGAGAAGAUUUCAUUACUAGACUAUUAUCAAAAUGGGGAAUGGUUUUUUUAUAAGAAAUUGAAGUGUAUCUACAAAAAAAAUUAUGAUCUUUCUUUUGUCUUCCAUCAGCAAAACUAUUAAUUGGUGUCUAUAUAAUUAUUUAAGUCUAAUGAUUAAGAAUAUAGACACCAAGCUCGAUUUAACCACUACUACUUAACAUGCUUUGUCCACUCCCCAAGCUCGAUCUAACCACUAUUAAUUGGUGUCUAUAUUCUUAAUUAAGUCUAAUUAUGACUUGUAUUUAUCUUAAUGUUUCAUAUUUAGAACAAUAUAAUACUACUAAUGAGAAAAGAAUAAAAUAAAAAAUAAAAAAAUCAACCAAUCAGAUAAUUGAGACAGCAAGUGGGAUUGUAUAUACUGGUAUAAUUGACUUGAAUUGACUUGACCUAAUAUCAUUAAUUUGGUGUUGUUCAAAGCAUAAAUUACAGGAAAUCAUGUGCAGCAAACUAAUAAUAGUAUUCGGCAGUUUAAAUGCUGAAUUGCUGAUUCUUUCAUCAACCUGAAAAGUAAACGGUACAUACCACAUGAUUGUACAUUUGUACAUAUAAUAUGCUCAACGUACGUUAAUUAAGCUUAUGAUAUAUUAUAAAAAAUGAUAUUAAUUGUAUUAAGCCUUUGUUCACGUGAAGAUUACUGACCAAACAACCAAGCUUGGCUCAUCCUACAAAUAUAGUAAUCACACUUGCACUGCGACCUCCUUCUCAAUCAAUACGCAACGACUAUCAGCUAGA